AUGAUGGUGAUCGUGGCACGUGCUGGAGACACUAAUCCCGUAUUUGAUCCGUGUUCGGAUACAAAAGUUCAGAGAUGGGAUGGGUUUACAUUUGGUCUUGCAUUUUCUUCAAAGGAUUCUUUCUUUUUCAAUCAAACUCAGCUGUCCCCUUGUGAUACUCGUCUCUCCCUCUCAAGCGGCUCUGGUGCUGAGGUCGCCGUAUUUAGGCCAAAGGUUGAUGAGAUUUCGCUUCUCACCAUCAACACCUUCAAUCCUAGAAAGGCAGGAGGUUAUAUGGUUGCAUUUGCUGGACGACAAUAUGCAGCUCGAUCAGUUCCUAUCUUUGUUGCAGACGACACUAAUACUGUAGCCAGCUUUACCCUGGUUCUAGAAUUCAAGAAUGGCAUUCUCCAAAAUUUAUUUUGGAAGAAAUUUGGGUGCGGUUCGUGUAAUGGGGACUCGUUUAUUUGCCUAAACAAUACUGAUUGUGCAAUUCCAAAUUCAAAAUGUAAGGUCAAUGGUGGAUCUAUGCCUUGUGACCUGGGAAUACAGUUGGCUUUCUCCGGCACGGACAAGAAUGACAACGUGCUUAACUCGUGGUAUGAGGUGGGAAAUCUUCGACAGUACUCCCUCUAUGCCUUGUAUUCUGAUCUUCGUAAUUCUCUCACCGCUCCAUUUACAAACCUUUUCUAG